AGAUCUCAGAGUAACUGAUCGAUUGCGUAUCAGAAGAGUUUCAAAUAUUCCAACGUGUGACACGUGGAUAAGCCUAUGUAUUUAAAAUGGCUCCAUUCUAUUUGUAAGGCACUCGUGUUGUUCAUUUCAGCCAACCCAACAAGACCCAAGAAUGGAAAUUACAUUUUAAGCCCAAAUUUUAGCUUGAAACAAGGUUUUCAACUUUGGCAGUAUGAUCCCAGCUGUUGUUAGCGGCUUAAUUUACGUAAAGGCAAGAAUAGACAUGGAAAUUUUUUCUCCAGCAGUGAGGAAAUUGUGGAAGGAAUGGGAGCUUCGUGUUCUGGUUCUACUCAGCCUUGUCUUGCAGAUACUAUUAAUCUUUUUUGGAAAUCGUAGGAAAUAUUCGAGGAGAACCUGGGUUCGAGUGCUGUUAUGGUGUGCCUACUUGAUGGCCGAUUGGGUAGCUACAGUUGCUCUUGGAGUGCUCUUGAACAACAUGGGAGAUCUGUACGAGGACAAUAAGAGUAAAAAACCAAAGUUAGACGCAGACACACAGCUUACUGCAUUUUGGGCGCCAUUUCUUCUGCUGCACUUGGGUGGCCCUGAUACUAUCACUGCAUAUUCUUUGGAGGACAAUGAACUGUGGUUGAGACACUUUCUUGGGAUUGGAGUACAAACAGGAGUCGCACUGUAUAUAUUUCUUCUGGCCUGGUCAAGUUCUCGCUUCUCCAUUCUUACCAUGCCAAUGUUCUUGGCAGGAAUUAUCAAAUAUGGAGAGAGGACAUGGUCGCUUCGAACAGCAAGCAACGAGCAAUUGAGAGAUUCCAUGAUUACAGCUCCAGAUCCCGGUCCGAAUUACUCCAAGUUCAUGGAGGAAUUCACUUUAAAGCAAUGUGAAGGGUUCUAUGUAGUAGCAGAUGAAGUAGUUGAGGGGCAAGUCACAGUGGAUGUUUCUUCCAUGGGGGAUAUUUCCUUUGAAGGUGCAACCGAAUUGCUUAAAGCUCAUUACUUAUUCAAGACUUUCAAGCGUCUCUUUGUUGAUCUCAUCCUCAGUUUUCAGGAUCGAGACAAUAGCCAGUCUUUGUUUGGUCAAAUAUCCUGCCAAGAUGCUUUCAAAAUUGUCGAGAUUGAACUCGGAUUCAUGUAUGAUUUGCUCUACACUAAAGGAACAAUAAUUUACACACGCAAGGGCUGUUGGCUUCGGUUCAUCACUCUCGCCACCACCUGCAUUGUACUAGUCUUUUUCUCUUUAUCCAGCAAGCAUAAAUGCUCCAAGAUUGAUAUAGCCAUAACCUUCUUGUUGCUGGUUAUAGCUGUUCUUCUUGAGCUAUAUGCAAUGCUUUUACAAGUCUCAUCAGAUUGGACAGAUCUUUAUCUGUCUAAGCACAAAGGAGUUAUUCGCCAAGUAAUCACUCCUCUACAGCUGCGUAGACGUCAGAGAUGGUCAAACUCCCUGCCGCAAUAUAGUUUAUUGAGCUAUUGCCUCACAUGUCAGCCCAUGAUGAUCGACAGCAAAAUCCACAAGCUCUUUGGCAUUGACAAAAUACUAGAAUACCAGCAUGUGACUUGGGAAGAAGUCACUGAUGAGUUGAAAGAUUCCAUAUUUCAACAUCUCAAGAAGAAAUUCGACAAUCUCAUGCAGACUAAAUCAAGCACAGAAGAACAGAAGUACCAGAAAGAGCUUAAAGAUAUCUGCAUGUAUAGGGGGAGUCACGCCCUCCGCGAGUUUAAUCAAUUGCUUUGGAGUGUGGAGGUAGAGUUUGACCAAAGCAUUCUUAUUUGGCACAUUGCUACAAUUCUAAUGCAAUCUAAGGAAAAUAGGCAGGGGGAGCAACAAAAUGAAGAGAAUAAGCUAACAAUCAAAGUUGAUGAUCAAGGUAGGCAAGGGGAGCAACAAAAUGAAGUGUCGAGUGGGCAAAAUGAGCAAAAAAAUGAAGAGUCCAUUGGGCAAAAAGAGCAAAAAAAUGAAGUGCUAAGUAUGGAAAGUGAGCGUGAGCAAAAAACUGAAGUGUCGAGUGUGCAAAGUGAGCAAAAAACUGAAGUGUCGAGUCUGCAAAGUGAGCAUAAAAAUGAAGUGCCAAGUGUGCAAACUGAGCAUAAAAAUGAAGUGUCAAGUGUGCAAAGUGAGCAAAAAACUGAGGUGGCGAGUGUGCAAAGUGAGAAAAAAACUGAAGUGUUGAGUGUGCAAAGUGAGCAUAAAAAUGAAAUGUCAAGUGUGCAAAAUGAGCAAAAAACUGACGUGGCGAGUGUACAGAAUGAGGAAAAAAAUGAGGUGUCAAGUGGGCAAAUUGAGCAGAAAAAUGAAGUGUCAAGUGUGCAAAAUGAGCAAAAAACUGAAGUGUGGAGUGUGCAAAAUGAGCAAAAAACUGAAGUGUGGAGUGUGCAAAAUGAGCAAAAAAUGAAGUGUCGAGUGGGCAAAAUGAGCAACAAAAUGAAGUGUUGAGUGGGCAAAAUGAGCAAAAACCUAAAGUGGAAAGUGUGCAAAGUGACCAUAAAAAUGAAGUGUCUAGUGAGCAAAAUCAGCCCAAAAAUGGAGUGCUAAGUGGGAAAAAUGAACAGAAUAAUGGCAAGGACUUUAAAAAAAUAAGCAAAUCAUUGUCGCAGUAUAUGUUGUAUCUCCUGGUUAUGCGUCCUUCCAUGUUGCCAAUGGGGAUCGGGAAGAUCAGAUACCAAGACACUUGCACUGAAGCAACAAAAUUUUUUCAAGAGCACAAAUCCACAGCAU